GAACCAGUGAAUACUACUACUGCUCCUCCGUGGAUGAACUCAGGGUUCCUUCCCCAUUUGUUCAUCUUACCCUUACACUUUCUGAACCGGCAUUGCAUGUGCAUGAGCCGGUUCAACCGGAUUUGGGAAUGGCGGGCCAGUUCUAUCCGGUUCAGCAACUGGGUACUUUGAUUCAGUACUGUAAAGAGCUGGAAGAAGGAAGACAGAACUGGGUACAACACAAAAAAGAGGCAACUUGGAGGCUGAACCGGCUGGAGCAACAACUAGAGUCAGAGAAGGCUAGAAAAAGGAGGCAGAAAGUGGAGGAAAUAAAAGCAACGAUGAGGUGUUUACAUGAAGAGGAAAUGACUUUUCUUGGAAAGAUGGAGAGGGAAUACAGAGAACAACUUAGUGCAUUACAGAGAGAUGCAGAGGUUAAAGAGACAGAGAUAAUGGAAACUUGGAGUAGUAAGCAAUUGAAGUUAGCUAAACUUGUUGGAAAAAUUGGAUUUCAUAGUUAUGGUGGUGGGGAUGGAAAUAUUGUAUGCAAAGACAAGCAUUAG